GGUGGGGAGGAGGUAAGCAGGCAGGCAGGGAUUGGCUGGUUUAGCCUGGCCACUACCAGUGUCCCCUAGGUCAGGCGCCAGGGACAAAGACUUUCCAAGAGGAGGGGAGAGGAGGCUGUGUGGAUAAGCUGCCGUGGUCUGAAGGAUGCUGAGGCUGUCCUGGCUGGGACUCGGGCAGGUGGCAGCCUCCCCAUGGCUGCUCCUGCUGCUGGUGGGAGUCUCCUGGCUCUUGGCCCGCGUCCUGGCCUGGAGCUACAGCUUCUAUGACACCUGCUGCCGCCUCCAGUGUUUCCCGCAGCCUCCGAAGCGGAACUGGUUUUGGGGUCACCUCGGACUGGUCCACCCCACAGAGCAGGGCUUGAGGGUCUUAAUUCAGCUCGUGGCCACCUACUCGAAGGGGUUUGUGACAUGGCUGGGCCCCACCUUGCCCCUCAUCACUUUGUGCCACCCUGACAUGAUCCGGACUAUCACCAAUGCCUCAGCUGCCAUUGCAUCCAAGGACGCGGUCUUCUACAGCUUCUUGAAGCCCUGGCUGGGGGAUGGGCUCCUGCUGAGUGCUGGUGACAAAUGGAGCAGCCAUCGCCACAUGCUGACACCCGCCUUCCACUUCAACAUCCUGAAGCACUAUGUGAAGAUUUUCAAUGACAGUGUAAAUGUCAUGCAUGCCAAGUGGAAGCGCCUGGUCUCAGAGGGCAGCACCCGUCUGGACAUGUUUGAGCACAUCAGCCUCAUGACCCUGGACAGUCUGCAGAAAUGUGUCUUCAGUUUUGACAGUAAUUGCCAGGAGAAGUCUAGUGAAUAUAUUGCUGCCAUCUUAGAGCUCAGUGCCCUUGUGGCAAAACGGCACCAGCAGAUCUUCAUGCACAUGGACUUCCUGUACUACCUCACUCCAGAUGGGCAACGCUUCCGCAGAGCCUGCCGCCUGGUGCACAACUUCACAGAUGCUGUCAUCCAGGAACGGCGCCGCACUCUCCCCGAUGACGGUGUUGAUGACUUCCUCAAGGCCAAGGCUAAGGCCAAGACUUUGGACUUCAUUGAUGUGCUCCUGCUGACCAAGGACAAAGAUGGAAAACAAUUGUCAGAUGAGGAUAUCCGAGCUGAAGCUGACACCUUCAUGUUUGGGGGCCAUGACACCACGGCCAGUGGUCUCUCCUGGGUCCUGUACAACCUUGCGAAGCACCCAGAGUAUCAGGAGCGCUGUCGGCAGGAGGUGCAAGAGCUCCUGAGGGACCGUGAGCCUAAAGAGAUUGAAUGGGACGACCUGGCCCAGUUGCCUUUCCUGACCAUGUGCAUCAAGGAGAGUCUGCGGUUGCACCCCCCGGUCACAGUCGUCUCCCGCUGCUGUACCCAGGACGUCGUGCUCCCAGAUGGCCGGGUCAUCCCCAAAGGUGUUAUCUGCCUCGUUAGUAUUUUCGGGACCCACCACAAUCCAUCCGUGUGGCCAGACCCCGAGGUAUACAAUCCUUUCCGCUUUGACCCAGAAAACAUCAAGGAAAGGUCUUCCCUGGCUUUUAUUCCCUUCUCCGCGGGGCCCAGGAACUGCAUCGGGCAGUCGUUCGCCCUGACCGAGAUAAAGGUGGUCCUGGCGCUCACGCUGCUGCGCUUUCGGGUCCUGCCCGACAAGGAGGAGCCGCGCAGGAAGCCGGAGCUCAUCCUGCGCGCCGAGGGCGGGCUUUGGCUGCGGGUGGAGCCGCUGAGUGCGGGCCCCCAGUGACCCGCCAGCUCCCCCUGGCUUGGGAUCCACCCCGACCCUACACACGUCACCUGGCGGAUUCCCAGGACUAGAACUGUGUGGUCUCCUCUGCCGGGGCGCCACUGACAGCCAGCAGGGGGCGCUCGGGACCUGCGGGAACGCAGGGAGGGGUA